CUGUGCCUUAAAAAACCCCCAAAUCUCUCACUCUUUUUCAGCACAAACGCGCGCACACACAGAGAAUUCAGCAAUGGCGAUUAGGGUUUCGAUUUGCUUUUUUCUGUUUGCUUUGACGAUCUUUGCUUCUUCGUCGUUUACUAGAAUCAGCGCUGAAGAAGCGGAAUCGAAGGAGUUUGUUCUCACCUUGGACCACACCAACUUCUCCGACAUUGUUAGCAAGCAAGACUUCAUCGUUGUUGAGUUCUACGCCCCAUGGUGUGGCCACUGUAAGAAGCUUGCUCCAGAGUAUGAGAAAGCUGCAUCUGUAUUGAGCAGUCAUGACCCUCCAAUUACUCUAGCAAAAGUUGAUGCCAAUGAAGAAGUAAACAAAGAGCUUGCAACCGAAUUUGAGGUUAAGGGUUUCCCCACAAUUAAAAUUUUGAGAAAUGGAGGAAAGCAUGCUCAAGAGUACAAAGGUCCGCGUGAUGCAGAUGGUAUUGUUGCUUAUUUGAAGAAACAGAGUGGCCCUGCAUCUGCUGAAAUAAAAUCUGUGGAAGAUGCUACCAGUCUUAUUGAUGACAAGAAGAUAUUCAUUGUUGGUGUAUUCCCAAAAUUUUCUGGGGAGGAGUUUGAGAAUUUCACAGCUCUUGCCGAAAAAUUGCGCUCUGAGUACGAGUUUGGUCAUACUUCAGAUGCCAAACUCCUUCCACGUGGGGAAUCAUCAGUGACUGGGCCCAUAGUUAGGCUGUUCAAGCCAUUUGAUGAACUUUUUGUUGAUUCCCAGGACUUCCAUGUGGAUGCUUUAGAGAAGUUUGUUGAAGAAUCCAGUUUGCCUGUUGUGACUGUCUUUAAUAGCGAUCCAAACAACCACCCCUUUGUUGUCAAAUUCUUUAACAGUCCUAACGCUAAGGCCAUGUUGUUCUUGAACUUCAGCAAUGAAGUUGCUGAUCCCUUUCAAUCAAAGUAUCGCGAAGUUGCUGAGCAAUUUAAAGGAGAAGGAAUAAGCUUUCUGAUUGGAGAUCUGGAUGCUAGUCAAGGUGCCUUCCAGUAUUUUGGACUUAGCGAAGAUCAAGUGCCUCUAAUCAUCAUCCAGAAGGAUAAUGGACAGAAAUAUUUGAAACCAAACUUGGAGCCGGAUCAUAUUGCACCUUGGGUGAAAGCAUACAAGGAUGGUGAAGUCCCGGCAUAUAAAAAGUCUGAGCCUAUUCCUGAAUCUAACAAUGAGCCUGUGAAAGUGGUUGUUGCUGAUACCCUACAAGACAUAGUUUUCAACUCUGGAAAGAAUGUCCUCAUAGAGUUUUAUGCUCCUUGGUGUGGGCACUGCAAAAAGUUGGCUCCAAUCUUGGAUGAAGUUGCUGUCUCAUAUGAAAAUGAUGCUGCUGUUGUUAUUGCAAAGCUUGAUGCAACCGCAAAUGAUAUCCCAAGUGAUACCUUUGAUGUCAAAGGUUACCCAACUUUGUACUUCAAGUCUGCAAAUGGAGACCUGUUGCAGUAUGAUGGUGAUAGGACCAAGGAAGGCAUCAUAGAAUACAUUGAAAAGAAUCGGGAUAAAACUACCUCACAAGACAAAACUACCUCAGAAGACAAAACCAGGUCACAAGACGCAUCAAAAGAUGAGCUCUAAAGAAGGACAGCCUAUUAGAGUCAAGAGGAUAGAGACAUACACAGUCGCACAUGUAUCGUGUAUAAUGGCUCUAUACAAAAAUGGUUGCAUGAUUCCAAUGCUUGAUCUCCCCUCCCUGCUAGUUACUCUUCUUCUUAUGACUCUAAAAUUCUGUUUCUAUGAAUAAAAUGGGAGUAAUCUUUAGUAGUCUGUAGCUUGUAGUAGCCUUUGGGAGCAUAGUUUACAGUGUAACAGUUUUGUGGCUGUAGAAACACCUUUUAUCAAAGUUAUAAAUUAAGCGGGAACAGUUUAAUUUCA